AUGGAAUCGCAACUCGUUUCGACCUUUACUUACAUGCCUCUUGUAACUCCCUUUAUGAAUCCUACACAACAGAUGGAGAGUUACCAGGAUGCCAGUAACACUCCACAAAUUGUCACUUAUCCAAAGAGAUAUAAUAGAUGGUCUCCUCGUCCACAAUACUGGAUUAUUUUGGUCCAAGUUAACCCUGGCGAGAUUCUGACCAUAAAAGGUGACGAUGGAACUAUUCAAAAUAUUCACGGACCUGCUGAUGUACCUCUGAUGUCACCAAGUGGUACGUUACCUCCAAUUUACCUACCACCUGGAUAUAUGUCCCAGGUGGUUGAGGAAAACGGAAUUCAAAAAAUUAUUGUUGUGCCCCAGAUAACUGACUACAACCUGCAGGUGCCUGCUACAACACACGGAUCCCAAUAUAUGACACAUCCACCCGUUCUAUAUCCACACGCUACUCAGAUGAUGUAUCCUCCAGCUCAAGGAGAAUUUCCAGUAACUUACUUCCAAGAACCUGUUGUGCAGCAGCUGAUGCCACCACUACCAGCUCUUCCACCAGCACCAGCAACGUAUAUGUACCAAGAUUACCACGAAACCUACUCUUAUGGAAGAGCAAAUUAUAACGAAUUUGAUGAAAGGCCUGCUAAGACAGGUGAAUAUAAGAAAAUGAAAGACCGCCCAGGUGGAUGCAAAAACAAAGCUACUAGCAUUACACCUGCUAAAUAUACUCCAGAUGUUUACACUGUAGACAGUGCUCCCCACAUCUACACUGUAGAUGAAAGUUGCAGCACUUACACUGUAGAUAAUACAUUGAGCACUUGCACUGAAAACAGUACUCUAAAUACUCACACUUUUGACAAUCUUCCCAACACUGACAUCUCUAACGAAACCCCCAGCAUUUCUACUGACAGUGCCCAUAACAUGGUCACCACCGACACUAAUUUUUGCUCGGAAACCACUGACAGCACUGAUUGUGCUUCCACAACUACCACCUCUGACAUAAUUGUAAGCCCAUCCGUUUUGGAGAAUCCUUCAGGCUCUUCCUCCUCAGCCAAUGCUGCCAACACUCCUAUCUCCGAAAAUGCACCUAGUAUCAUUGAGAAUUCUCUCGCCACUACCAGUGCUCCCAGCACUACCUGUGAUGAAUCCAGUGCUCCAAGCACAUCCACUGAUCCCAGAAUAAUCAAUGAUGAGCAUAAUGCUCCCCUUACAACCAGUGCUUCCAGCACAACCGAUACUGAGCCCAGUGCUCUAAGCUCAUCCAGUGCUGACCCCAGUACUCCCAGCAUAACCAGUGUAUUUAGUAACACCAGCACAUCCACUGCUGAGCCCAGUGCUCCCAGCACAUCCAGCCCUGAGCUUAGUGAUCCUCUGAUAUCUAGCACUGAGCUCAGUGCUGUAAGCCCAUCCGGUGCUGAGCCUAGUGCUCCAAGCACAAGCAGUGUCGAGUCUACUGAUAUUCUUACACUUAGUGCUCUUACCACAUCUAGCACUGAGUCUAGUGCUCCUCUCACACUGAGUGAGCUCAGCACAACCAGUAUUGAGACCUGUGCUCCCAGUACAUCUAGUGCUGAGCCUAGUGCUCCCCUUACAUCCAAUGUUGAGCUUAGUACUCCCAGCACAACCAGUGCUGAGCCUAGUGCUCCUCUCAUAUCCAGUAACACCAGCACAACCAGUGCUAAGCCUAGUGUUCCGAGCACAUCCAGCACUGAACUUAGUGCUCCUGUCCUAUCCAGCACUGAACAAAUUGUUCCCCUCAUAUUCAGUGCUUCCAGCACUGAGCUCAGUGUGGCAAGCACAUCGAGUGCUGAGCCUAGCGCUCCAAGCAUAACCAGUGCCAAAUCUACUGAUCUCACAUGCAGUGCUCCUCUCGCACUGAGUGAUCUCAGCACAACCAGUGCUGAGCCUAGUGCUCCCAGUACAUCCUAUGUUGAGCCUACUGUUCCUGUCAUAUCAAAUGUUGAGCCUAGCAUUUCCAGCACAAGUGCUGAUCCUAGUGCUCCCAGCACAACCAUCACCGAGCCCAGUGUUCCCAGCAUCUCCAGUGCUGAAUCUAGCACUCCCAGCAUAUCCAGUGCUGAUCUUAGUGCUCCCAGCACAUCAAUUACUGAGCCCAGUGUUCACAGCAUGUCCAGUGCUGAAAGCACUACUUAUAGCACAUUCAGUGCUGAGCCCAGUGCUCCUAACACUGAAUCCACUGAGUCCACUGCUCCCACUACAUCUGGAGCUGCCAAGGCUGAGACUAAUUAUGGAAAGAAUCAGACACCAACAGAUGGAGAAAACGAACAAAAAUCAACUGGAAAACAAAAUCAGAUCCAAUCAUCAAGUGAACCACUAAAAGAAUGCACAAAGCAACCUGAGAAGUCACGUCGUUUCAACAUUGAGAAGCCCAUUGUUUCUGAUAUUCAAAACAGAUCUGCUGUGAUUACAUGGAAUCUAUAUGGUUCUGAAGAAUUUGACGAUACUAGACCUCCAGUAACAUUUGAACUGGCAAUGUCUACAACAGGGAAAAAUGGAAAAUAUAAAAAUAUUUAUAGUGGUGACAAACUUUCAUUUAACCUACAUACUCUACAACCAUCCAUGACCUAUUUUUUAAGAGUUGCAGCUAGAAGAGGCUCAAAUUAUAAAAUCUUGUCUGAAGUGGUUAAUUUUACAACACCAGGCUGUGAACCGGAUCGUCCACAAGCACCUAAACUCAUUAAUCGGUCAAAAAAUACUCUGAAUUUGCAGUGGAAAGGUUCAAAUGAAAAUGGUUCCAAAAUUAACAGCUUCCUUCUGGAAUGGGAUGAGGGGAAAGGCGAAAAUUUCAAAAGUUGCUAUACAGGGACCAUGAAACAGCAAAAGUUCCUAAAACUGACUGCUUCAACAAAAUACUCAUUCAGAUUAGCUGCCAGAAAUAACUUUGGCUUGAGUGAUUUCAGUGAAAUCGCAGCCUUUUAUACAUCCGGGUCUAUGCCCCCAACACCUUUGCCUCCUAAGCUAAAGGAAGCUGAUAUCUUUAGUUUGUCACUAGAAUGGUGUGCGCCAGCCAACGUAAACUCACAUAGCCAUCUUACUUAUGUAUUGGAAAUGGAGGAACCAGGAACUGGAUUAGGUUUUAAACCUACAUACAAUGGUGAAGACUUCUCAUGUACUAUAACAAAUCUACAGCGAAGUACUACAUACAAGUUUAGGAUUUUUUCCUAUAAUAUGGAAGGACGAAGUAAUCCCAGUAAUGAAGUAAAAUAUACUACCUGUCCGGACAAGCCUGGAGCUCCAACACAGCCAUACGUAAAAGGAAAAAUUCAUGCACACAAAGUGAAAAUUGGGUGGCAAUCGCCUAAAGAUAAUGGUGGAGCACACAUUUUAAGUUAUACUUUAGAAGUUAAUGACAAUGCACAUGAAAAUGUUUGGAAUAUAAUCUACAAUGGCUCCAUUCGGGAAUUUUUAUGUGAUCAUCUGCAACCUGAUAGGAUAUAUAAACUGAGAGUAUUUUGCACUUCACCUGUAGGACAUAGCCAGCCUUCAGAUGAAUUGACUGUUCAAACACCUGCGCUUGCUCCCUCGAACCGUACUCAAUCUUCAAAUCAUAAAAAGAAGUCCAAAGAAACAAGCUCUCAAUGUGCUAAUCCUCCUGCUACUGACAAUUCUGAAGCACCUGUGCUUAUCAGAAACACAGAAAAUAACCAAGAUUUUGGCCCUGAACAUGCAGACACGCUUGGAUCCCAUUCUGUACCAUGUGAAAGUGCACCAGUCCCACGUCCUCCCGCACAGUGUAGUGCACCUGUGCUGACCUGCAAGGGUCCAACCUGUAUUGUAGUUAGCUGGACAGUUCCUGAAUGUAAUGGUGCUGAAGUCACUGAUUACAAACUAGAAUUGGGACAAACUGAAGAAUCUAUGCAAUUGAUUUAUACUGGUAUUUGUCUGCGAUAUGAAGCAAAAAGUCUCAUUCCUGCAACUACAUAUUUUUGCAGAGUUCAGGCUGUAAAUGUCAUUGGAGUGGGACAGUUUGGAGAAACUGCUACUAUAACCACACCAGCAACUGUACCCUCAAUAGUACAAAAUUUACAAGAAGUUCCAGAAAAAGUUCCUGAAAACUUAGCAUCAUCUUGCCUUGCUAUUAAGUGGGAGGAACCAAUAUGUAAUGGUUCUCCAGUAACUGGGUACAAUAUUGAAUAUGGAGAUAGGAGAAUUAUGACUAUUGACACUGUAACAGAGUAUAUUCUGAAAAAUCUACAACCAGACACCAUGUAUAAAAUUCGAAUUCAAGCUAUCAAUCAUUAUGGACUCAGCCCUUUUAGUCAGCCAAUAAGAAGCAAGACCAAACCGCUUCUACUUAACCCUCCACCCCUCGAAUGUGCAAUUUUGGGGCACCAGAGCCUCAAACUUAAAUGGGGCAACAAUUCAAACAGAAGAAUACUUUCCAGCCUUAUAAGCUAUAAUUUGUUCAUGAAAGAUCGAUCUGACAGAUUUUCUGUCAUUUACCAUGGGCCUUGUCAGACUCACCGAGUACAGAGACUAACUGAAUGUACUGAAUAUUCAUUUAAAAUCCAGGCAUGUAAUGAAGCUGGUGAAGGACCAGAAUCUGAUAUCUAUGUUUUUACUACCAAAAAAACCCCACCAGCUGCACUUCAAGCUCCGAGAAUACAUCGACUAAAAUUCAAUGCUUGUGAGAUAAAAUGGGGGUCUUUGGAGCCAAUCAAUGGAGACCCUAUUGUUUACAACCUUCAAGUUAUUACCGAUAAAGGAACUGAACAGCUAUACAAAGGACCAAAUACUUCAUUCAGUUAUUCAAAUUUCAUCACAAAUACAAAUUAUCGGUUCAAAGUCUGUGCCGGGCGUCAAUAUAAAACUUCUGCUGGCAAACAAGAGCUCUGGGGACCAUUCAGCCCUACCUCUGUUUUCUUAACACAUAGAAACAGUAAAGGAGGAAGAGGGAAUGACCGCAGAGAUGAUAGGCUCCGGAUAGAGCUAAGUGAUGAAUCAUUUAUUUUUAUCCUUGUGAUAGUAUUUGCUGCUUUGGCCCUUUUGUCUGCAGCUUCCAUUCAAAAGUUCUUGAUAAGCUAA